AUGAUUGGAGAUCAAGAAUUCGGAUUUUUUGCCAACAUGCUAGGCAUUUUCAUUUUUAUCAUGGUUAUUGCUUACCAUUAUGUGAUGGCUGAUGCAAAAUAUGAAGGCAACUAAAAUUUGCCGUUCUAGCCUGAAUAAUUUUGAUACCAUGUCAGAUUUAUUAGCUCAGCUGUGUUGGAAGUUUGGAGUGUACUUUUGAUUAAACCAUAAAUGACCCAUAUUGCUAUUCCAUUAGCAACUAUAGUGGUGGAUGAUGUGGUUGUGAAAAUAUCAACAUUCUAUUACGAUUUGGAUACUCGAAAUUACAGAAAAAAAGAAUACACUCUUUCAAUGUA